AUGAUGACCGACAUUGGAACAAGCUCAACGUGGAUCACCGAACCAGAGGGUGGCGUUGCGGUCCGCAGUAAGCCUUACACGUUACAAUGUCAUUCAACCCUGCCGAAUGCCACGUAUCUAUGGAUGUACAACAAUCGAACUUUAGAUCUAGUCAACGACUCGCGGCGUCAGAUUCUUCCCAACGGCUCUCUGUAUUUCAAAACCGUAAGCGAUCCAGUUUUUUCUAUUCUGGGGAGUAGUGGGCUUGAUGAAUGA